GACGACGUUAUCACAGCCGGAGUCAAUUCGUUUUGAUUUUUUCGCGCUUGUCUCAAAUGCAAGCGAGUCCGCCUUGGCAGCGCUACGCGGUCGUUUCCGUUCUGCUCCGUUACGUUCGGUCCCGCCACGCUAACCAAAGCCCAAACUCAAGCCUACACUCAAACUCUAAGUCAAAACCCGUCGCUAAAGUCAAGAUAAACUUUCCCAAGAUCGACAAUGAUUUACUGAGACCCGAAUAACACGAUUUAUAAAAGUGAAAAUGUGCGAAAAAUCAAAGAGGUUGACGGCAUUUAACGCAAUCAAUUAAAACAAAACCAAAAAACAAGAGAAGUAGACCGCACCCGAAGACAGGGAGGAAGACCCGGGGUUCCCCUCUUGGACAGUGUCCUGCUAUCCUCCUUUCCUGCUGUCAGUUGGUCAAACAGCUCAUCAAUAAACGAUACGACUUCCGUUUCCUUGCGUGCUUUACCUGUGCAUGGCUAUAUGUGUGUGUGUGUGUGUGCGUGUGAGUGAGUAAGCUAGCGAUUGUGUGUUUGUGCGUGCCGAAGGAAACUUUCCAACUUCCGGCCAAGUGACUUCGAUUUAAUUUCUUUGGUUUUUUUAUGGUCAAGGCAUUUAAUUAAUUUUACUAUGGCAAUUUGAGCGUCUCAGCCGUCUACCCUGGUCUGUUCUGGUCAGCCCCGAACUAUGAACUGAACUCUGACCGCUAACCCAACGACUUGCCACACACAUAAAGAGGCAGUAGCAGCAGCAGCAGAAGGCGACGGCGGAGGAGGUCGAUCUCCACGUAGCCACACCCAUUUGGAAACAGCACCAAGAAAUUGAAAUGUGAAUCGAACUGAAGAUGAAGACGAACAUAAACGUACUGUGAUAGACGAGUAUACGAGCAGAACAUCUCACUGGGAUUCUGCCCCAAACACGAUUCCCGAUUCAAUUAAAUUGAAUUCGGAAUUGGACAUUGAAACGAUUGGACCUUCACUAUUCAAGCGGGCGACCAGCAAAAGGCGACAAGCUGUCGACUUUAUCCAUACGCAACUUCUCGGCAAACAUGCUGAACAAUCUUGGGGCCAAUGUGCUGGGCCCCAAGGAUUGUGAUCUGCCCAAGGCCGCACUGACGGCGCUGCACGCGGGCGUUAACAGCUUCGGACAGUUGCCCGGUGCUCCGAAUCUGGCUGAUCUCGGCGGUUCGGGCGGAGGUGGCGUUGGACUGCCAGUUGGAGGUGGCGUGUCACGCCUCCACAUCUCCGGUGGACUGUGCGACAACGCGAACAACAGCGGCAACAACAGCAGCGGCGGAGGCGGAGGUGGUGGCAGCGGCAACACCAACAUGCAGCAACAGGAUCAGCUCCUGGACAAAAACAAACAGAAGAGACACCGCACGCGCUUCACCCCGGCCCAACUAAACGAGCUGGAGCGGUGCUUCUCGAAGACCCACUAUCCGGACAUUUUUAUGCGCGAGGAGAUCGCCAUGCGCAUCGGCCUCACCGAGUCCCGUGUCCAGGUCUGGUUCCAGAACCGACGCGCCAAGUGGAAGAAGCGCAAGAAGACCACCAAUGUCUUCCGCACCCCGGGAGCCCUGCUGCCCUCGCACGGACUCCCGCCCUUCGGGGCCAAUAUCACGAAUAUCGCCAUGGGUGACGGCCUCUGCGGCACCGGAAUGUUUGGCGGCGACCGCUGGAGUGUGGGGGUCAACCCCAUGACAGCAGGCUUUGGCCAGCUGAAUCAGUCGUCGCCGCUAUCUUCCUCGCUGAACAGCGGCCUCAACUCGGGCAUUAACAUGGGCUCCGCCCUGGGGGCGGGCAGCUAUCAGCACUACGGCCUGAAUGCUCUGGGAGACUCCAUGAUGUACCAGCACAGUGUGGGCGGGGUAGCCUGCGGGCCGAGCGGCUCCCCGAGCGCCACAACACCGCCGAACAUGAACAGUUGCUCCUCGGUGACCCCACCGCCAAUCUCCACGCAGCCAAACGCCAGUCAGAACGAGCUGAGUGGCGAGUCCAUGCCGCUCCACCAGCAGCAGCAACAGCAGACUCACCAACAACAGCAACAGCAGACUCACCAACACUUACAGAUGGCACCGCCGACUCCAUCGCAGCAGCAGCAGCAGGAAGGACUCCACUGCCACCAGUCGAUGCAGUCGCCUACAGACGGUGCAACCGACGAGGACGUGUGGCGAGGACAUAGCAUUGCAGCGCUGCGGCGGCGAGCCUCGGAGCUUAACGCCACGGCUAUCCCAUCGUACUUGCACCAUGCCGCAGCCGCCCACAACAACUACGAGCAUCACAAUUCGGUGUACUGAAAUUUGUUGAAAAGCUUUGAAAGCUUUUCGGAUUACGGUUUUACCAAUUGCGGGAACCAUGACUUCUAGGGCCCGAACCCCAACAAUUUGACAACCACUGGCAAUGGAAGCGAAUGGAAGCGAAGCGUUAUAAGAUAACCAAAACCUAUGUUUAGAAUAUUGUACAAUUUAUGUGUUUUCGUUGUUUGUUUCUGAUUUCUUCAUCCAAGGAUGACCGGAGAGGUACCCGGAUUCCCCGGGAAGAGAGUGUAUUUUAGACUUAAAAGACUAUAAUGAAUGUAAACAAUGUAUACGAGAAACAAAACUUGAGAAGGCGGCAACCUAAGAGGAACCCAAGUUGUUAAAACAAAACCAUCUAUAUGAAUGUAUUCCAAAAUAGAGUCAUAAGCACACGCACAUUCACAUCCACACGGAAAUUAUAGCUAUUCCAGCAUAUACAAUAUAUACCUAGAUACUAAAUAUAACAUUUACUGUAUGAGUAUACGAAAAUUGUAAAAAUUAAAUUGCGGAAUAGAGAGAGCAGUCCUUCGAUGAGUCACAAUAAUUUUUGGCAAGGGAACAUCUCCAAGUUCUCCGCUUAGUUCGUACUUAUUUAAGCAUACUUAUGCCUAGGAGAAGGAGUGUAUGUAAGUAGACCUAUACUUUUGUAAGUGUUGUUGUUUUUGUGUAUUGGCAGUGUUCCGUUCAGUUGCUAUCACUUGAUCUAACCAUACGAUACCAACAUAUGCAAUAUAAAACGAAAUAAAACUCAAACUAUAGGAAAAUACGUACGUCUGUUUGUGUCAGGCAGACGCGACGCGACUCGAUUCUGAAUCUGUUCUGUUUCAGAGUGCACAAAUUUAACGGAUUACUUUUACGAUUACCAAUUACAAAUUACAAAUUAUACAAGUACGAUUAAAAUUAUAUAUAUGUACGUGCAUACGAUUAUGGCAUACUUGUAAUAGACUUUCUUGUAUCGAAUAAGCCUAACUUUAAAUCCAACUAAACAAAAAC